AUGAAUUCACUUGGAGUUUUGUUUUACUCUUUUCUAUUCGCAUUUAAUCAAUUGUACGAAAUGGUUCUUUGGCCAAUGUUCUCAGCUGAGCUCAUUGGCAGUCCCACAUAUGCGUACGAAGAUGUAGACAGUUUCCAAAUGCAUGUUCUAGACUCGCCGACUCAGAUGCCACAAGAAGCAGUCCAAAAAUCUGGUUUUAAUGUACGUUUCCUAUCCAUUGCUUUGAUAUUCGUUAUUAUUCUACAACUUGUGAAAGCAACAUCUCUCAGCAUAGGCUAUAUAAAAGAAAAUGCUACUUGUGCACUGGGUAAUGCUCAGGUUAUUACAGGAGCAGAUGCUGACUUCAUCGAAACAGAUUUGGUAGAAGACAUUUCCAAUUAUUAUCCUUCGAUGUCAAUUAGAUUCAAUGGAAGCUCUACAGGAACACAAACCAUUUUGAACAAACCUGCUGAUGUCCUAAUAUGGGACAGAAGGAUGUUUAACCCAUUAUGA